AUGGCCGCCUUCCGGCUCGCGGCGGCCGGCGUGACCCCCGACCUGACGGGCACCAGUGGUCGUCUCCGCGCCCCGCCUCCGCCGCUUGAUCGCCACGGACGUGCCGGCGGCCACGGGGCGCACCCGGCAGCGGCACCCGCGCCGGCCGCCCCUCCCUUGCCGCCGGAGUUCGAGUUGCCGCCGGAGCAGGUCGUCCUCCACGAGGACGGCGACCCGGAUGAUACCCCAGGGUACCACAUGGCCCUACGGGCGUCGGAGGCGGCGGCGGCGGCGGCGGCUGCCGCAAGGGAGGCCGCCGAGGUCGCGGCCGCAAUCAAAGCGGCCGAGGCGAUGGCGGUAGAGCAGGCGGCGAUGGCGCCGGCGGAGUGGCAGCAGGCGCCGCCGGAGUGGCAGCAGGCGUGGCAGCAGCCGGCGGCGGAGUGGCAGCUGGCGCCGGCGGAGGUGGCAGAAGAGGCAGCCGACGACGGCCUGGUCGACUGGGACGAUGUCGCGAACCGGUCCAGCAGCGACGAUGAUGGCGGCGACGGCCCGGUCGUGGUGGACCUCGUCGAUAGCGACGAGGAGUAG